AUGCUACAUUCUAUUGGCAUCACAAGUGAAAACACAUUUUCGAACUUUUCACUUCCUAAAUGUGGCUCAGCAGAUAUGAUUCACUCAAUAGCUCUUCAGCAAACAAGAAAAGAUUAUUCAAGAUCAGAUGAUGAGUAUAGUGAUCCGUCUAUUAUUCUUGAUAGUGAUGAUGAAGAUGACGAUGAUUGCAUAUUCAGCGAUUUCGAUCUUCCAGACGAUUUUACAAUCCCGAAUCAGAAAGCAAUCGCCCAACCAAAAGAAUUUCAUUACGAUAUGGCUCAAGUAUUACAGAACGAAGAGACAUCACAAAUCAUUCCCUAUGGAUUGAUAGCCGAAGUCCAAGGUUCAAAAUUUAGCCAAUAUAGAUUUUUACUUGCUGACUGGCUGUUCAAUCUCUCAUUUUGUUAUCCAACCAAUACAGAAACUCUCUUCCAAUGCUUCAAGGUAAUGGACACAUAUUUAUCCAAAAAACAUGUUCCAUUAUCAAAAUUACAGCUUAUUGGAUGCUCAUGCCUUUGGAUAUGCUCAAAGGUUGAUUUUCAUACAAUAGAAACAUUAGAUCCUCUCACAAAAAACUGCCAUCAAAAAUACACAAAGGCUGAAUUCCGUCAGGCCGAAAUCGAUAUUCUUACAACAGUAGAUUACAAAAUACAGACUGCUUCGGCCAACUAUUUCUUAAAGUACUUCCUCGAAAAAAUUAACGCAUCUGCAAAACUCAGCGCAAUAGCAUCAUUUUAUUCAGAAGUUUCAUUGUUGUAUAUGAACUUCAGUUCGUAUGCUCCUUCAGUGAUUGCUUUAUCUUCAUUGAUUAUUGCAAACCAUCUUUUGAACAAUGCAUGCGAUUUACGUCCGUUAAAGUGCUAUCUGAAGAAUGUAUGCCAAAAUGAUAUCCUUCUUUGCACCAAUAUGCUUAAUAGAUCUGGCGGAAAUAUAAUUACAAGAGAGAAGCUCGGCAUCUGCAAGAAACUUCGUAGACGUUAUCAUGAAAAAGAUAUAGAUUUGUUAAUUGCUAAAUCGGCUGAUUUGUUUGAGUCAUUUAGUUCAAUUGUUCAUUAA